GAUGGCUGAACAGUGCUGCUCUCGACGUCGACCGUUACCACCUGCGCGCCCGACUCUACAGGUAGUCCUCAGGUGUCCCCUUCAAUGGCACACAGUCCCAUAAAUCCGUGUCUUUCCCCUCAAAUACACCAGUCCGCCCAAGGUUUUCUAAAGAGUUGCCGAUGGGCAGGUUUGCUUUGACAGCUUUGAUCGGCCCGGGACAUUGAAAGAUCACAUGGUUGACCUACCGGCGUGCCCCCUAUGGCGAGAGAAUGUUGGGACAUGGCAGCUAUAGCAACGUCUUCAAGGCGACUGAACUAGGUUCCGAAAAAACUGUGGCUCUCAAGACUUCGCGUGUCUCGAUGAGAGUGAAGCGGCCCAUUCUCCGGCACGAGACUCGCAUACUCCAGCUUUUGAAAGGACAAGCCUCUAUUCCCUUGGUGUAUGCAUACGGCCAAUUGGAGCAUUUCGAGUACAUGGCUAUGGAGAUUCUGGGGCUGAGCGUUUCGGAGCGGCAGAAGACGAACGGGACUGGGACUGGCAUGAUGUUGACGACCGUCAUCCGAAUCGUGGAUCAAGUGCUGGCGGGACUAGAGCAUAUUCACUCGCUCGGGAUUGUGCACCGUGACAUCAAGCCUGAGAACCUCCUCUGCGCAUCCGAUGAUUCGACAAUCAAAAUCAUCGACUUUGGAAUCUCCAAGCCUUUUUCCCGUAGUCAGCCUAGCAAGUACGAUCCAUUAAAGGAUCGCCGGUCCAUCAUUGGGUCUCUUUACUGGGCGAGUCUGAACUCUCACAAUGGAAUAGAUCUUUCUCCACGCGAUGACCUCGAGUCCUUAGCUUACAUCGCCCUCUUCCUUCUUCGCGGACACCUACCUUGGAAACCUCGUUCGCGCGAGGAGUCUCAACUGCGCUCACAAGAGAUCGUCCGACUGAUGAAAUCGAGUUGUUCGGGCAAAGAUCUGUCUGAAGGUUUUCCAGCCGAAUUCGGCGACCUACUCGAUGACAGCCGUUCCCUCGAUUUCGAUCAGCUCCCUGACUACGGAAGGUUCAGACGCUUAUUUGGGAGUAUGGCAGAGGGGAGAAGUGAUGGACCACUCGAUUGGAUGCCCUGUGUCCCGCCAACCAACAUGCAUGUUUUAGAGGUGCCCCAGCUCGAGAUUCCGGGUGAAGACGACGAAGACGAAGACAGUGGCGACGACCGUGGCGAGGAUACUUACUGCGCGAUGGACAUUGACAUAUGGGACUCGCGUCAAGGGGAGCGAGAUAAGGAUUUGACGUUGCUCGCGGAGCAGGAGGCGACUCUUGAUAGUUGUACGCCUGUGAUUGCAGAAGUGCUUGGUAUGUCCCCAACCUUUUGACUGUGAUCUUGCGCAACCGUGUCGUUGUGACUUCGGGAAAAUUUGUUGGCUACCACCGAUUCGCGAGAGGCAGAAUGUAGUUGCACCUAAUGUGGAGGAGCGAAAACUCGGCUAUGGUAGAAACGAGGUAUCGGUUCAUGCCGACCACGACAAAGUGGGUUCGGGUACAUUCGGGUCUAAUUUUCCUAGGAUUGUGGCAUAUCAAGUAGAGAAUAUGAAUUUUGAAGGUCAAAUACAGAGGAGUUGCGGAGAAGUGGAAUCAAUGGGUUUUUGAUUG